UCAUAAAACUUUUAUAUAUUGUUUUUUUCUCUGCGUAAUGUUUGAAAUGUAAAAUUUAAAUAUUUUCUUUCUUUUCAGCAUUCUCUCUCUUAUUUGACGCCAGAUUAAAAAAAUAUUGUGAUUGUGAUUUUCACAUAAAAAGAAAAACUUGACUAAAAAUAUGGAAUCAAAUGAAAUGAUUAAAAAUAAUAAUAAUGAUGAUGAUGAUGAUUCACCAAAAGAAAAUGUUGGUACUACGGUUACGCCCAUCAUAUUGCCAAUUAUCGAUCCGGAACAAUAUAAAUUAUCUGAAUCUUAUAUGAAUGAUCGUAAUGAAUUUCAACAAUUUAUUGAAAAUAAUCAAAAUUCUGAAAUGGCAAUUGUUGAAUAUUUGGAAAAAUAUUCACAAACAAAUCUAAAUCAAUUUUUUCAUUCAUUAUUAUAUAUAAUUGAAUGGGCAUGUACUAAUCAUAAACAUUGGCUUGAACUUUAUCUUGCCAACAUAAAUGAUAUAAUAAUGAAUCGAUUGAAAUUACCAAGCCAUUUAUCGGAUGAUAAACAAAAAGAUGAUGAUGAAAAGAUUUUCACAUUAACAUAUCGUGAACAUUUUAUUCAAUUACAUUAUGAAUUUUUUGAUCUUUAUUUUCGUUUUCAUCGUUGUAUUACAUCAUUCACCUAUUUGACAUCAUUAUUUCCAACAUUAAAAUGGUUAAUGAUGAAUCGUUCGAAACAAGUUGGCCAUUAUCUUUGCGUAUUAAUGGCACGUACACCACAACCGGAUACAAUAGAACAUAUCUAUGAUAUGAUAUUUGAAUUAGAUAUUUGUGAUGAUAAAUCAAUCUAUUAUGAUGCUAUGAUAAUCGUUUUUAUUAAGUGUGAUGGUUCAUUUCGAAUGAUGCAAAAACAACAGAAUCGUUAUGACAAAGAAAUUUUCGAAAAUUUUCUUCGUUUAUUAGAUGAAUGCCUUUUGGAUGAUCGAAAACUUUAUAAUUAUUAUCAACAUUAUGGCCUUGAAGAAUAUCCUAAACGUACACAGAAAAUGAUCAAGCGUUUCAUUAAUCGUGUACAUUAUAAUUUUGAUGAUAUAAAUCUUUUCAAUCCAAAUUGUACUCCACGUCAUAUUGAAACAUCGAAUUGGGAAAAUCUUGCUUAUCUGAUCAAAUUAAGAUUUCGGAUGAAAAAUAUUAGCCUCGAUGCAUUUUAUGAGCUAAGUAAAAAACUUAUUGAUAAUUCAUUGGAAAUUGAAACAAAAUUUAUAUCAUGUCUAAGAAAAUUGGGUCCAAUUGAAGUGAAAAAAUAUUAUGAUUAUAUACGUAAUAAUGAUCUAUCACGGCCAACCUGUCAACCAUUUGUUUGCAAUCGAAAUUUCUUAUUAGAUUCAAUUCAAUUUACCAACAACAACAUUAAUAAUAAUUUUAAUCAUCAUAAUGCAAAUUAUAAUGACAACAAUCAUACUCAUAAUGAUUGGUCAAGAAGAUAUCAAUAUUAUAUAGGUAAACCAGACGAAAAUUUUCAAAUACAUUUCAUUAGUGACGAACAAAGUUUAUAUAAUAUGAUUCAUGUUCACCUUCCGCGUGAUAAUGUGAUGGCUAUCGAUGCUGAAUGGUUACCAAUAUUUUCCUAUCGUCGGCAGAAAAUUUCAAUCAUACAGAUUGCUUUACGCAAUAUCUGUUUCAUUAUUGAUUUGGUUGAUUUUAAUAGCGUUAAAUCCGAAGAAUUUCGACGGCUUUGGUGCCAGGAAUUUUGUGACAAAUAUCUUCCCAAUCCUGAAUAUAUAAAAAUUGGCUAUGGUAUUACACAAGAUUUAGACAUUCUAAGUUAUAGUACUGGACAGACGUCUAAUAUACUAUUGAAUGGUAAAUGCGACCUAGUAAGGCCAGCACGUAGUCUAGUACAAUUUCUAGCUGAACAAUCUUGUCUUCAUUAUCCAAAAUUAACUGCACAGAUUAAACGUUCUGUAACGGUAUUGAAAUCCUCACAAUCAAAUAAUGGUGAAGGUGGUAGUAAUGGUAACGGUCAAUUUCAAGGUCUUUCAAUGUUAACCUAUUUAAUGUUUGGACGUUCAUUGAAUAAAUUAGAACGACAAUCCGAUUGGAAUCGACGACCAUUACGUCAUUCACAAUUAUUAUAUGCUGCAUUAGAUGCUUAUUGUUUAAUCGAUAUCUAUGAUAAACUACGUUUCAUUGGACAACAAUUUCAUUUUCAAGAUGUGUCGGAUUUUCUUCAACAUGUUAUGACCGUUGCAAGGGUUGACAAUUAAUUAUGAUAAUGAUGAUGAUAUGCUUUUCAAUUUUGCAUGAAUUUGAUCGAUCGAUUGAAAUUAUAAUUUGAAAAAAAUUAUUUAAAUUUAAAUUUUAAAUUUCAUUUUUUUCAUCUUUGCUUCUCUUCUUAUAUGAUGACUUGUGAUUUUCUUUUUCUAUAAUUUGAAAUCUCUAUGAUUUUAAAUUGUCAAAAAUUUUUUGUUUUCCUUA